UAAUUAAUGAAAGUCAAAAGCAUCAACUGGAAUCUGUGAGCUACUCAUCCCGCUAUGCCCUGGGACUGUUUUAUGAGGCUGGCACGGGGAUUGGUGUCCCCUGGGCCGCUCGCUACAUCGCCGAUAAUCCCUGCGUGCGCUUCAUCUCCAUCGAUAACAAGAAGCGCAAUAUAGAGUCUCCUGAAAUGGGGCCCUCGGUGGUGGUGCACACCACUGUGUCCUUUGGCAGCGAGCACCUGGACUCAGACCCCGCCGAGGUGCAGCAGAUCAUCCUCAGCCACCUGCAGAGGGUUGUGCCCUCCCUGCCCAAACCAAGCAGCAUCAAGUGCCACAGAUGGAGAUACUCCCAGGGAUGCAUCAAGUCCAGGGCUGGGACUUGAGGACACAACCUAAGAAGAAGAGUGCUGCCUGUGCUGGAGAUUCAUCCCUUUUCCCAGGAAUAUGGUCAAAUUUCUGCCCAUCUCUGAGGGACAGAAAUGAAGCAAAGCCUCCUGAUUAAUGCAUCAGUCCUACAAAGUCCAGCAGAAUGGAAAAUUUCCCACUUCACCCUUUGAAGCCACAGGAACCAGGCCUCUCAAGACAAAAAACAAAAUGGGAGGAGGAGGAAGGUCUCAAUAAAGAGGCGAUGGUGAAGGUUGUGCCAUCAUCCCUUGGAGCAGAGAUUCCAAAGUGGGAUGCACAAGAUGAUCCAAAGCGCAGCAGGAGGAAAUACCUGGAUGGCAGUAGCACGUUAUGUAAUUUAUAAACACACACACACAACUGCUUAAAAAUAUUUUUUGCACAGAGGGGAGCAUAAUAAAAAGAAGUUUGGAGACCACUGACCUGGAGGAAUAGCCAGUCCCAGCUGGAAUAUCAGCCCAAAGCUCAGCUGGGAGAGGUUUUGGUGCCAGUCAUAGGCUUCUUCCAGGGAGAAACAGCACGUCCCAAAAUUCCCUUUCAGCCUCUCAUGGAAUAACCACCAGCGCUGCAGCAUGCAGCAAAAGCCUCUGAGAAGUUGCCAUCAACUCAUCACAAAAAAAAAAAACAACGAUAAAAAAAGCCCUCAGUGGAUUGACCAGUGUUCAAAAAUACAUCCAAAGGAUGCUCUUGCACGUCAGCCUGCUCUGGCACGCUCCUUCUGCACAGGCUUCCAGAUGGUCCAUCUUUUUAGCCCUUCCUUUAUUUUAAGAGGACAGCCUGAGGCACAGCAGGACCAUCUCACUGCUUUAUUUGAGAGCAGGGAAAAAUGAAAGUUCUCCCAGCAAAAAAAGAGAAAUUAUUUUUUCUAAAAAUAAUCGCAAGACAAAUAAUUCUCAGAUUUCCUUUUAUUCUUGUUAUUCUUCCCCACGCAAGGCCACGGUUUUCAGAGAGGCCAGCUCAGCAGAGAUUUCAAGAAGCCUCUUGGUGGUUGAUGGUCCCUGUAUUGCAGUCACUGGUUCACAGAUUAAUUUAUUUUUUGAAUCUAAGUCAUGCACUCCACGCUGGACAACUUCAAGUGCAACCAAAGAAAGCCUAUACACUAUAGAUCUAUUUAUUAGACAGUUUUCAAGGUUUUCCAAAAGGAAUCUGUUAAAAUGAUUUCACACCCUCUUUCAGUUAAAAAAAAUAAAAAGAAAUUAAUUUCUCAGGGUCUGCUGUGGAAUCAAUCAAGUUCAGGAGGAAAACUUAAAUCUUGAUAAUUAUGUAUGAUUUAAGUGGGAUACUAUAGCAGGUUGGGGGAAAGGGUUGCAUCUCCAGCAGCUUCAGGGCUGUGAAUUGGACAAAUUGCUUUUCCUGCCACCAUGUCCUGAAGAAAAGGAGGGGAAAAUCAUCAAGAACAGCAGGCACAUAGAGUAGGAAUCCAACUGCUUCUUACCAUUUCCCUCUUUCCUCUUUCCAAAGCCUGCUUGAUGGGAAAUCAGCAGAGGGGAGGGAAGGACCCUCUAUCCCCAAUGAUGCCACCAGGUCCUGGCUGUCACCUUGGUGUGGCUCUCUCCCUCCAAAGAUGUGCAGCUUCAGCACGCACCCAACAAGUCCUACACCCCAUAAAUUAAAGAAUCUGUUGGUUUGGGAACCCAGAUUGAGGCCUGACCCUCCUUUGUGUCUCCUGGCCCUCCGUUGAGGGCUCAUCCCUGGGAGAUGCCAAGAGGAGAAACCCAAGUCAAUCAGAAACACAAAGCCACUCAGCCUCCAAAAAAACCCCUGGAUGGGAGUCAAACAACACAAGUUUUGAGGAUUAUUUUAGACUAAAUUCUUCCUCAGGACAUGAUCUCUGAGGGUGAAAGCUUGGCCCCACCGAGGCCAAGAGCAAAACUCCUGCAGACCUCAGCAGGACCUGGCUCCCACCCAAAGCAAACUUUUCAAGUCUCAGUCAAGCCCCUCGGCUGCAGACGUUCAUUUCUAUUAUUUCUGCAGCCUUUUUGUCUCACCAGAAGGAUCCUUCCGCAGCGGCCAUCCAAAAGCCGUUGACAAGACGGAAGAAAUUUAAUUUGCAGCUGAAAAAGAAGCCUAUAAAUUUCUUUUUUGUUUUCCCCAAUUAGAAUAAGUCUGUGACACGGUCUCCAAGCGUGGUGGUGUCAGUCUGGCUGGUGCAGGAGUCUGACAGCCCUCAAACCCUUUGGGGACUGGGAUUAUGCUCUGUUCUAUUCCUGUUUUAUUCUGUGAUUCUAAAGCUGGGAAAGCCAAGAUGACCAACACAUCCAGCAAACAGAACCUUUCCUGGUGUGUGUUUGAUUUUAUUUUAUUUAAUGACCCAAACAGCCCCUCACCCUACAGGACCCUGAGCCUUCCAGGGACCACGGUAAAAGCAAUUAUUAUAAACACAAGCAUUUUGAUUUCAGCCCUGUUGCCUCUCCUUGUGCCAGCAUUGUUUGUCAUUCCCAGCAGAGCCAGGGCAUUUUCUCCUCCCAGGGCAGAGCACUGUGACAAUGAUGCUGGAAGUGCUGGCUGCUUUGACGUUUGGAGCCACAGUAAUGAGUAGAACAUGGAGCCUCCACUUUACAACAAGUGAUGGUUUGUUUUAAAGCUCCUUUAAAGGAAACCAGAAGUUGCACCAAUCUCCAUUCUUGCUGUCAGAAGGAAACGUCCACGUGGCCACUGGGGAUGGCUCAAAACCAUGGCUCUGAGCGUGCCAAGAAGCUGGAAAACAAAGAUCAGCCCAUGCUGGAGGAGUUUUGUCCUUGGAGAUCAUCACCCUGGGGCUGGCAGGGAUGACGACCCAUCUCACGCCAGCUCUGUUGCCUGUGACCUCAUGGGCAGAGGUGACCACAGACAGACACCUCCUUCAACCAAGGAAUCAAUGCCAACCACCACGACCAGCCUCUCUCCCCUCUGCUCCCAGUGUUAAAAUGCCAACAAGUUUUGUCACAAGGGGAAUUCCCCGCCCUCAACGCCACAGGUUCAGACCCCAACCCUUUACCAAAAUUUUUCCUGUAUGCUGGCACUUAUGGAAUGGUUCUCAGCAGCCAGAAACACAACAGGCUUUGGGAGGAAAGAAAAUAAACCAGGUUUUGCUUCCACCUUCAUCUCCUCUCUGCAGUCCCUGAUAUUUUUGUGCAAAGAGAGCAAGACCGCACCCUCCUCGUCCCUAUGGAUGCCAAGUUGGUGACUUGCCACCUUCUUGGAGCCCACAGACCUCGGGCUUGCUCCAAGGAAGGAAAUCAGGCUCCAGCAGAGGCAAAUGCAUUGGACUUGCUCAAACAUGCAGAUUUCCAGGGCUCUCUGCUCCCACAGCCCAAAAGACAUUGCAACACCAUCCCAAAAGCCUGGCGUGCCAAAGCAGAGCUGGUGUCCAGGUUAGAUCCAGGCCACUGCAGGAAAAUGGGAAUUUUAGACCCUGGGAAGUGCAGGGCCGUGAGAACGGGUAGAAUUUCCUAAGAUUGUCCCACAGGACACAGAGGAAUCUUGAGUUUUUGUGUCAUUCUUCACUCACAUUUUUCAAGAAAAAGCUGGGAAAGUUGGGAUUGUUCAGUCUGGACAGGAGAAGCUCUGGGGUGACCAAAUUCUGGUCUUCCAGUGCCUGAAGGAGCUAUAGGAAACAUGGAGAGAGACUCUGCAGAAAGGAUGGAGUGCCAGGCCAAGAGGGAAUGGCUCCCAGUGCCAGAGGACAGGGCUGGAUGGGAUAUUGGGAAUUA